CUUGGUCAGACUGUCCAGUCCGGAGGAGCAGGAGUUGACAUGUCUGCGGCCUCACAGCUGCUGAGAAGCCCGAGUGGGAGCUCUAGAGCUGGGAGCAGUGCUGAGCUCACGUACCCUCCCGAGUACUUUGUGGGCAGACCGGGCGUUGGGGCGGGCUCAGCCGUGCUCCCACCAGCCGGGGCCUGAAAUCUGCCCCCUGGUGGGGCUCUGUGAGCUCGGGUCUGCGUGGGGUCCGCAUGGCCCUUGUGCCUGGUCGGGGGAGCCUUCCGUUAGGUCCAGUAACGGCCAGUGUUCCACUCGGCCCCAGUCCGGAGCCUUCCUCACAAGGGCAGUGUGGGUGGCGGGCGGUCUCCAACUGCCAGCCCUGCAGAGCUGGCCUGGAGUCCUGGGGCCUGGGGCCUGUUGGGGGCCCCCGAGCUUGUCUCCUGCUGCCCCUCCUUCCUUAAGUGUGCGUCCCAGGGGUGCACCCCAAUACGUGUGCCCGCACACCAGGCACCGGCCCAGGUUCUGGGACGCAGAGUGGGGAGCCGCCUGAGAACCGUGUUGGGGGCUGAGGGCUCAUGGGGAGGGACGCCACCAGUCAUGCUGGGUGAAGGCAGAGGCCCCCUGAGGCCCACGCCCCAUGGUGUGGAUGGCCCGACGGACCCCUCCGCCCAGGCCUCUGGCUGCUCCUAGGAGGUGCCAGAACAGUCCCGUCUAGGGCUGAGCGUCCCGGUGUGUCUGCGCUGGCCCCAGGGCAGGGUCUGCGGGGGAAGCGGGUGGCCCGGCGAGGGUGGGGGACCGGCUCUUUAAGGGCGGGCGACAUCACAAGGCUGCGGAAGGCCGGGCCGCCCUGGAGCUCCGGGGCCUGGGCCGCUUCUGGAGCGCCUGCGGGCUCUGGCUUUCCACCUCCAUGGGGCCGCAGGCCCACACGUGAGCGCACGAGGACGUGGCCAUGGCCGAGGGCAGCGAGCUGAUGCACAGGCUCCUGAGCGAGAACGCGGACCUGAAGAAGCAGGUGCGCCUCCUGAAGGAGAACCAGAUGCUCAAGCGUCUGCUCAGCGAGAGCUGCCCCGACCGCUGCGGCCUCGGGGGCCGGGACCUCCUCUUCACCAAGGGGCCCGCCUACCCCGAGGACAGCUCCCCCGGGAGCGCAGGUCUGAGCAAGCCGAGACCCAGUUCCCCAUUCUGCUGCGCGUCCUCAGUUGCAGACUUUGGAAGGUUCACCAGUGCCCCCGACGCACCCUCCCAGCUGCAGACGUCCUCCCUGGAGGACCUGCUGUGCUCGCACGCCCCCAUCUCCAGUGAGGACGACGCUUCCCCCGGCUGUGCGACCUCCGGCCAGGUGCCCUUCAAGGCGUUCCUCAGUUCCCCCGAGCUGCGUGCGCCUCAAGGCACUGACAGGAAACUGUCCCCACUCCUGAGCCCCUUGCAGGACCCGCUGGCGGACAAGACCCUGCUGGAGCCCAGGGAGAUGGUCCGGCCCAAGAAAGUGUGCUUCUCGGAGAGCAGCCUGCCCUCUGGGGACAGGACCAGGAGGAGCUACUAUCUCAACGCAGCUCCACUCCUCACAGAGAUCCAGAGCUUCUCCAGCGCUGAGAAGGAUGGGCGCAUAGUCGGGGAGAUCGCCUUCCAGCUGGACCGGCGCAUCUUGGCCUACGUCUUCCCAGGGGUGACCCGGCUGUACGGUUUCACAGUGUCCAACAUCCCUGAGAAGAUCAAGCAGGAAGCCCGGUUGCUGUGCCCGCAGACGUCCGUCAAGUCCCUGGAUGGGUCAGUGGACGAGAAGAAGCUGCGCGAGCUGACGCACCGCUACCUGACGCUCACGGCGCGCCUGGAGAGGCUGGGCUACAACCGCGACGUGCACCCGGUGUUCAGCGAGUUCCUCAUCAACACCUACGGCAUCCUCAAGCAGCGGCCCGACCUGCGCGCCAACCCGCUGCACAGCAGCCCGGCCGCGCUGCGCAAGCUGGUCAUCGACGUGGUGCCCCCCAAGUUCCUGGGCGACUCGCUGCUGCUGCUGACCUGCCUGUGCGAGCUCUCCAAGGAGGACCACAAGCCGCUCUUCGCCUGGUGAGCCCGCCCCGGCGCCCGCCACGCCUUUCCUGCAAUAAACGUGUUUGUUCCAAACCCGGGGGCCGCGUGCCUCCUGCGUGUCCCCUCCGGCCGGGGGAAGGGCCGCGUCCGCCGACGGAGCGCCCAGGGCCGCAGGCGCCGUGGCAGGCGCCUCUAUCGGCCCGGGGCCACAUACCCCAGGCGCCCAGCCUGCCAGCCGCCCACACCCGCGCGGCACUGUCGCACUUUAUUAAAAUAAUCUGUUUA